UUACCUGGCCCAGGUGAGGAUCCACCGGGAUUGGGACCGGGACCGGGAGUAGGAUUGGGAUUAGGACCGGGAGACUGGCAUUCGGAUCGCGGCCACACUCCGGGGCUAGUGCCAGGCACAGGCGGUGGUGGUCCGAGCGAGGCCCCGGCACCAGCACCGUGUUAUGAUGGUGUCAAGCCUCUUGAAUGACGUUGAAGUUGCACCCAUCCAGGCAAGUGGGGAGUAUUCCAUCAUGCUCUUGCCUUAUGCCUUGUAGUUGGCAGACAAGCUUUGGGGAGUCAGAAGGUCCUUCAAUCUAAGUCAUGCAAGGAACUGGACGGAGAGCUGUUCCACAGCAGGCUGACAAGCCUGUGGCCAAACCUAGGCUUCUGGCCUCUCCAGUUCUGCUACCAGCCUCUGUGGACUCGCUGAACCUGGAGGUUUAUGAAGGCUCAACGCCAGAAAGCAGACGAGCUGAAAGGAAGAAAAGUAAAUCACUGGCGAAACGUCACAGCUGUAAAGCAGAUCCAAGCGAUUCAAAUGGGAACAACUCGGAAAACAUUGGGUUCAUCCCGGGGUCAGUUGAAAUCACAGAGGAGGCAAGUGUGUGCGAGUCAUGUGGGCUGGGAAACUGUGUUACCUGGCAGAUGGUUAAAGCAGUUUUCUGCUGUGUGGUGACCUGUGGAAUUUACAAGGCUGACACUGGGGUUUAUAAUCCAUGUACCAGGACCACAGAGCCACCGACACGUGCUAAAGACAUUGACAGUAACACUUUGCGGUAUAUUGAAAACCCAACGCAUGGGAUUCCCCUGAACUCUGAACCCAGUUCCAAGAAGAAGGCUAAUCUUGCGGGCAACAGUUUUAAUUAUUAUGAUGUCAAGUUGGGAGGACAGCAGGUAAUCUGGAAAAAUAACAGUCAUACUCUGUCCACAGACUCAUGCCACAAGGACACCCACCACAAUUCUCAGCAAUCAGAGAGCCCCAGCAGCAUCUCACCAAUCUCUCACAAACGAAUUUCCGAUGAGUUCCCCUCCUUCCUGGAGGAAGAUCUGGAGAACAACGAGCUAAACGUGUCAAUGUCGAGUGCAGAGCUGGACGAGUACAUCAACAAGAAGCUAUUGGAGCUGUUCAGCAUUCACCAGAUCGAUAUGUUGGCCCAGUGUACCUCUGAUACCACAUUCAUCAGCAAAAGCAGUGAAAUCACUGAGCUCAUUGAUAGCAUCACCAAAGGCUACAAGAUCAAUGAGAAGGAUGCGGAAUGCCGGAUAGUGACCGGGAUCGUUCGGAUCAGCACCCGGAAACCCAAGAAAAGUAAGAAAAGGGGACCAGAAGAGCCAAGUGAGGAAAGAUUGAUCUCUCCGACUCCUGCUGACCCCAGACCUCAAACUGAGACUAUUUUGCCCAGUGAAGAGCUUAACCUGGAGAUUUCAGUGGUGGACUCGCUUGAUGAGAGAGCAAGACAAAUUCAGCGGCUGUGUUCACCUGAUUUGCAUAAAGAUGAUUCUCUUCAGGAUACAGAGACAGAUUCAUCAGGAGCCCCACUACUUAAAGUCUAUAUCUAGGGUUUGAGUGUAGGACCUUCCACAUUAACUGGACUUGGAUUUUGGGUGCAUAGGACACUGAGUGGCCAGAGACUCUUGAGGCCAGUGGAAAGUGUGGAAUUGACUUGGCUCUUGUUCGCUGUGAAGCUGAUUUCUCCGACUCACUACCAGAAAUCUGCUCUGGUUUGGAGCCCAGUGUCCAAUACUUGAGUCUGAUGAUGUUAACCUGGAGGAGGCCAUUCUUCCCCUUGCUUGCACACAGCCCACCACCUCCUGCCCACUGCAAAAGAGGAGCCCAGGCUCAGUGCCAAAGGUCAGCAAGCAGGAGCGAGGCAGAAGAAGUGGCAUUGGGGGAAAGUGGGGUAAAUCACAACUCAUUGGGUGCCAGCAAGAUCAAAACUGAUGUAAAUACGGAACUGGUCAGGCGAUUAUGUUCAUGCUGGGGAAGGUGAAUGGUGGACAGGGGUGGUGGUUGUACAGUUACUUUGCAUAUUUUGUACAUUGUUUUGCAUCACUGGAUAAGACAGUGAAUCGUGGUGAGAAAUAUUGAUUUUAAUAAGUUGCUUUUUAUAUUAAAGCAACAAUUGGAACC